CGUCACAGCGAACCAGCAGAGCCAGGAUCCCCCGACGCAGAGUCAGAUAUCUCAACACAGCGACGAAAAUAGCUUUUCCGAAAGAUCUGUCUGCAUCAGCCAUGAUCUUAUUCCUAAUGUUUUAAUUUCUAUGACGCAUCGCUCUUUAGAGUUUUCCUUCUUGGAUGCGACUCUUUUCUUUUUUUAGCCUCUUUUUGACUUUAUUUCUAAUUGUGGUUGUUUGUUUUCGGGAAACAGAAGCGAAAGGAUCCUGAGCAGCAACAGCUGUGGAAUAUAUAAACUCCGCUAUAUGGAUAAGGAGUCGCUCCCAUCUGCAGCUGUACUCAGAGUUUGAUCUCAGACGUUUCUCUCUGUGCGCAAAGAAGAAAAUGAAAUCCGCUGAAGAGGAUGCAUAUGGCUACACGCCAAACGUCAGUCUCUCCCUCCCACUGGGCAACCCUUGUCUUCCCUCCCAGUACCACAGCCUGCAGUCCAGCCCCACUAUAUCCGUCUCUGUCUCCGAGCCUCACAGUUACGACACGCAGGACGACUUGAGAGCAGCCGGCUACUACACGUCUACAAGCGUCCGCCCAAACGGGGCCCCGACCCUGGAGAGUCCUCGCAUUGAGAUCACAGCGUACGGUCAGUUUCCUGAGGACGAGGUGGAGGAGAGCAACCUUCCUGUUGCCAAGCGGGUCAACUCCAUCGUGACGCUGACCCUCCCCAGUGCAGACAGUUACCGCGACCCCAGCUGCCUGAGCCCCGCCAGCAGCAUCUCGUCUCGCAGCUGCCACUCCGACGCCUCCUCCUACGAGUCGAGCUUCUCCUACAACUACGACAACUCGCCCCAGAACUCCCCCUGGCAGUCGCCCUCUGUGUCCCCCAAGGGCUCCACCCUCGCCCUCCCAGGUGACGGCUGCACCUCUGGAGGCUCCCCUCGCCACUCCCCCUCCACUUCCCCUCGCACAAGCGUGACAGACGACACCUGGAUAGGUCAGCGUGGCUCCAGGCCCAACUCCCCCUGUGGCGCAAAGAGGAAGUACAGCUUUAACGGCAGCGGGGCGUCGCACAAGCACUACCCGUACUCGCCCAACCACUCCCCCGGACUGUCCCCGCAGACCUCCCCGCGCCUCAGCAUCACCGAGGAGUCUUGGCUGCCCAACACCAACCAGUACACCAACUCCGCCAUCCUGGCAGCCAUCAAUGCCUUGACCACAGAUGGAGUGACUGACCUCGGGGAGGGGAUCCCCAUCAAAGCCCGGAAAACCAGCCUGGAGCACAGCCCCACCGUCAGCCUGAAGUUGGAGCCUGGAGGUGAGGACCUGAGUCCUGGAGAUCUGGACGAGCACCGCCUGCCUCUAAAGAAGGAGGGCUACUGUGGAGGGUUUCUGGAUGUGCCACAGCACCCUUACUCCUGGUCCAAACCAAAGCAAUAUGUCAGCCCGUCCCUGCCAGCUCUCGACUGGCAGCUGCCGUCCAGCUCGGGGCCGUACAGCCUGCAGAUCGACGUGCAGCCCAAGUCCCACCACCGAGCCCACUACGAGACGGAGGGCAGCCGGGGAGCAGUGAAGGCCCUGGCAGGAGGACACCCCAUCGUUCAGCUGCACGGCUACAUGGAGAGCGAGCCGCUGACCCUGCAGCUGUUCAUCGGCACGGCUGACGACCGGCUGCUGAGGCCCCACGCCUUCUACCAGGUCCACCGCAUCACCGGCAAGACGGUGUCCACGCCGAGCCACGAGGCCCUGCACAACAACACCAAGAUCCUGGAGAUCCCUCUGCUGCCGGAGAACAACAUGCGGGCCAUAAUCGACUGCGCGGGGAUCCUGAAGCUGCGUAACUCGGACAUCGAGCUGAGGAAGGGGGAGACCGACAUCGGGCGCAAGAACACACGUGUGCGGAUGGUUUUCAGAGUUCACAUGAACCAGGCCACGGGCAGGACGGUGUCCCUGCAGGUCUCAUCCAACCCCAUCGAGUGCUCCCAGAGAUCGGCCCAGGAGCUGCCGCUGGUGGAUAAGCGGAGCUUGGAGACGUGUCCGGCCCCCGGGGGGGAGAGGAUGCUCAUCGACGGACACAACUUCCAGCACGACUCCAAGGUGGUGUUUGUGGAAAAGGCUCAAGAUGGUCACCACCUCUGGGAGACGGAGGCGAAGGUUGACAGAGACGCCUCGAAGCCUACUUCACUACUGGUAGAAAUCCCUCCCUACCGGAACCAAAGACUCUCCACUCCGGUCCACGUCAACUUCUACGUCUGCAACGGCAAGAGGAAAAGAAGCCAGUACCAGCGCUUCACCUACGUCCCCGCCAGCGUUCCAACAAUCAAGACGGAGCCACACGACGACUACGACGCCCCUCUGGUGUGCGGCCAGCGCGGGCCAGGUCUCUCCUUGCACCCAAAGCCAUACUUCCCCCCUCAGGUCAUGACCCCGAUGAUGACCUCUGACCUCAGGCCAUGUGUGGUGGGCGGGGCUUACUCUGUCGGCCAGCAAAGAUUGGCAGCCAAGCCCUCCCCGCUGCCCUCCUCGUCCUCUCCGAGCACCAGCCCCAAACUGCACGACCUGACACCGCCACCCUUCUCCAAGUGCCUCUCACCAGUCCAACACCCGGGCCAGCAGUCCCCGAUCACGCACGUCUCCAUCAUCCAGGAGACUCCGGGCCGCUACCAGCCGCCCGGCCUUUACCCGCCCAGCAGCUCCGCCUCCUCCUCCCCGUCCUCGCAGCCGUCCACCCCGACCGAUGGCCCCUUCUCUCCGGCCCUCUGCAUGACGCCAGCCCAGCCGGUCAGCGGCAACACCAGCCCAGGAGCUCAGCAGCACCCCAAGGUGCCAGAGAGGGGGCGGGGCUCCCUUCAGGAGGACGGCAGCCCCUCGACGCUGGCGGUCAGCAUCAAACAGGAACCACAGGAGCUGGACCAGAUGUACCUCGAUGAUGAUGCGCAGAAGGUCAAAGCCAGAUCAAAUAGAGGAGAGGAGGUCAGUCAGUUCAGUCUGGGCCGGGAACAGCACACAUGGCAGCGGAACGACACGCUGUAG